AUGAAUGACCAUAAACUUGCUGCAAUUGAAUUGAAAUCUGAGGCAAGAUUGGACUAUUUCCCUCAAGAAAUCAUCUCCAAUAUCCUAAUUAGAUUACCUAUUAAGUCUUUGAUCAAAUGCACCUCCGUCUGCAAGUCUUGGAAAUCUUUGAUCCAAAACCCUAGCUUUAUUGAUGCACAUCUUAGCCACACAGUCAGUUGUAAUAACCAGAAUGGCACUCACCUCCUACUAGUCCACAGUGUUUGUAGUAAAAGAUUUUGCAGCUUAUUCGACAGAGAUUUCGUUAGAGGUGAAAAGGAAGACCUUUACUCUUUGUACUAUGAUAACCAUGGAUUUGAUGAGUACUGCAAGAUUGAAUUGCCUAGUGAUCUUGAGGAAAUUAUGCUCAGUUCGUGUUUCCGUGUGGUCGGUACUUGUAAUGGACUAGUAUGCCUUGUGGAUGAAUUAGGGUGUCAUGGUUACAACUUGAUCAUAUGGAAUCCUUGUAUAAGAAAGUUUGUAAACCUUCCUGAACCUGCUGUGCUGCGAGGUGGUUGUGAUGCCUCUGUUGGCUUUGGUUAUGAUGCCACAAGCAAUGACUAUAAGGUUGUGAGACUUGUCACGCUUUCGGAUCAAUAUCAGAAUUUCCAUGAGUGGCCAACUCUAUUUCAGGUUUAUUCACUGGCCACAGGCUCGUGGAGCAGGCUUCGUUCUGAUCUUCCUCCGUGUCAAAUGUUUUCCUCCCCAGCCCAGGCUUUUGUAAAUGGGGCACUUCACUGGUCUGCAAUCCGCCAGAAAAAUGAUGCUUUCAACUAUUUUGUUCUGGCUUUUGAUGUGGGCAGUGAGUUGUUUCGAGAGAUAAUGUUUCCCAAGAGUCUGAAAUGGGAUCCGCCGUUGGCAUUGCGAAUAUCUGUUUCUGGAGAUGGGAAAUCCAUUGCUGUCUUCACUGAUUGGCGCAAGAGUCAUACCGAUUAUUUUCUUGAUAUAUGGGUAAUGAAAGAGUACUGCAUGGAGAAUUCGUGGACCAAAUUGAUGAUUCUCAGUGCAGAAGUUCCACAAAGAAAUUUACCCAAGACAUUGUGUUUCAGGAAGAUAGGUGAAGUUUUGGUGCUUGAAGACAGCUACGAACUAGUUUCACUUGACAUUAUGAGCAGAAAAGUUAAAACUCUUGGGGUUUAUGGAGGUCAGUAUUGCUCUGUUGACUCUUAUGAAGAGAGCCUUGUAUUACUUGACAGGAAAUAUGGUGUUUCUUACUGA